AUGUCCGUCACGAUGCAAAAAUUCGGAACAGCACAGGUCAGCGGCCGAGCAUAUUCGUCCCUUCAAUCAGUGCUAGAAGACCCUUUACAGCUCUUCAUGACGCCCGAUGCCAUCCAACGUCCCGCGCCUGGAGAUCUGGACAUCUUGUCGGCCUCCCGCUAUCCCCAGGGACUCAUGCAACCUUACGAGGACUUUGAACAGAAUCCGCGUAAGCGAAAGGCAGCUGCCUCACCCAGCCAGCUAUACGGGGGCAUUGUAUUAGCUGCCACCCCGGGCGAAGAUAAUUCAUCGGGGGAACAGGACCAGCCUUCGACUCGAAAGAAAUCAAAAUCGACCAAGCGUUCAUCGGCAAACGAUGGUGAGGAUGCAGCAACCGAGAAGAAGCAAAGGGGUCGACCUCGACUUGACACCCACGACGAAACGGCGGCUGACCGUCGACGGACGCAGAUUCGGCUGGCCCAGAGAGCAUACCGGCAUCGAAAGGAAACCACCAUCUCGGCGCUGAAGCAAAAGGUCUCCGACCUCCAAACCACCGUCGAGCAAAUGAACAGGACCUUUUUGGCUUUACACGACAACAUGGUCGAGGCCGGCAUUCUGACCUCGCACUAUUCACUGGGUCGUCAACUCCAGGCUGCCACGGAAGAGUUCGUCGCUCUGUCCAAGGUGGCAUCACCUGAAUCCGACGAGGAAGAGGAGGCCAUUGCCAAAUUCACCAAAGGUAGCGAUGAGCCGCCCCUAUCCGAACCAGGUGAGAGCAAUAGAGGGUCUAAUGUCAAACCAAGCGCACAGUCCUCAUCGCGGCGACCAGCUCAUCUCACUAAUGCAGGUCGAUCGGUCAGUUUGGAUCAGGGCUCGACCGACGCCGAGGCAGACGUGGAGGAGUUGCCAUUGACAACCAAAGACCAGCAUCCCUUGGUCGCCCUUACAGAUACCGUGUGGCCAACGGACAAUACAAACCUCCAGGGCUUGGAUGAUCUGAUGUCCUUCAGCGCCACCAUUCCCGACGUCAUGCUGUUCGACGAUCCCUAUGAGAAACUGAUUGUGGAACGGCCUCUCAAGCCCUCCCACCAACCCGAGGGCUCCUACACGUACAGCUUCCAGGAAACGACGUUUGCUCGUCGCCUCCACCGAAUGUGCCUAGAACGGGCGUUUCGCAACCUGACGAACCCAAAUGUCGACCCAGAGUACAUCAAACGGGCUUUCCGCUUCACUUUCUGCUUCUCUAACCGCAAGCGGAUGCUGCAGCGCUUCCAAGAAAUGCUCAAGCGCAAGGCGGGCGAGUCGCUCGAAAACUGGAACGUGCCAUUCUUCCACAUUGGUGGGGCGGGAACGCAUUUCCCUCGUCGCGACGACAAAGGAAACCCGGUGUAUCCACCGAACAUGAUCAGUCCAGCCAAGGCAUUUGGACCUCAACCCUACGUCCAGGCCGAGACCCCGCGGAUGGAGACGUCGGUGCAGGAAAUGCUCGAGAAUAUCGGCUUCGGCGGGGUGUGGUUCGACAGCCACGACGUGGAAGAGUACCUCAAGACCAAGGGCAUCUACCUGGACGGCCAGAGUAGCUUUAUUGAGGUCGAUCCAAGCGUCCUGCCACUUGUAAAGGCAUCCCUUGCUUCGAGCGAUGGGACUUCGAGCUCAGACCGCAGCCCGCUCGACGCCACCCUACGCACCCCAAGUCCUAUUAUAGGUGCCGAAGGCCUGGCCGAUCCGAUCACUGACCCUUUUAUCGCCCGCGAACUGGGUGAGAUGUUUGCCCAACCAAGCACGUUGUUCCCAUCUACAUCUUCAUCUUCAUCUUCCUCGUCCUCUUCCUCCAUCCCCGUCAGCACUGCUUCCCGGAACAAUGGAAAGCCGGUCGACGAUCCGUGGGCCGACUUUGCGGCACUCAACCCUACAUCCUCACCACUUACCUUUUCCGAUCUCCUCAGCAAAAAGCCGAACCCCCUUACGUUCGAUGUGGACAUGUUCCUCGAGCGCAUGAUUCUCGGGAGUGCCUGUCUGGGGCGAGCUCCCGGAUUUAGAAAGGAAACGAUCGAUGAGGCUCUGGUGAUGAGUCUACAAGAGGGCUUUUGA